AUGAAUUUACUUCACUCAUCCUGUUGUAACACCUCUGCUGCACUUUUGAACAAAUCACGGAAUGGAGAGUUUGCUUAUCAAACCCUCAGCAUGGUAGAUAUGGUCAUCCUUCCUUCCAUGGUUGGGAUUCUCUGUUCAGCAGGGCUGGUUGGCAACAUACUCAUUGUAUUCACUAUAAUAAGGAAAGGGAAAUAAACGAUUCAUGACAUUUUUAUCUGCAGCCUGGCUGUGGCUGGUCUGGUCCACAUCACUGGAAUGCCAUUUCUUAUUCACCAGUGGGCCCAAGGAGGACAGUGGGUGUUUGGGGGGCCUCUCUGCAGGACCAUCACAUCCCUGGAUACCUGCAACCAGUUUGCCUGUAUUGCCAUCAUGACUGUCAUGAGUGUGGACAGGUACUUGGCUCUUGUCCAGCCAUUUCAACUGACAAGCUAGAGAACCAGGUACAAGACAAUCUGCAUCAAUCUGGGCCUCGGGGCAGCUUCCUUCAUUCUGGUGUUGCCUGUCUGGGUCUACUCGAAGGUCAUCAAAUUUAAAGACAGCGCUGAGAGUUGUGCUUUUGAUUUAACAUCCCCUCAUGAUGUACUCUGGUAUACUCUGUAUUUGAUGAUAACAAGUUUCUUUUUCCCUUGCCCCUUGAUUUUGAUGUGCUAUAUUUUAACUUUAUGCUAUACUUGGGACAUACAUCAACAGAAUAAGGAUGCCAGAUGCUACAAUCCCAGUGUUCCAAGGCAGAGAGUGAUGAAGCUGACCACGAUGGUGCUGGCGGCGAUCUUUAUCCUGAGUGCUGCCCCCUAUCACAUGAUGCAACUGGUGAACUUACAGGUGGAGCAGCCUUCACUGGCUUUCUAUCUGAGAUAUCACCUCUCCAUUUGUCUCAGCUAUGCCAGCAGUAGCAUCAACCCUUUUCUCUACAUCCUGCUGAGUGGAAAUUUCCAGAAAUGCCUGUCUCAGUUGCAAAGGAGAGUGACUGAGAGGGAAAUCAACAAUAUGGAAAACAUCUUGAAACAGAGUUUUGAGGAGAGUACAUGGAUCAUAAAAGUCUAG